AUGAAGCCACAAUGCCAGCGUUGCCUACGGCGCGGUCGAAUCUGUGAUGGAUAUGUCGAGGUUGCAACGAAACGUGAAAAGACGGAAUCCUUCACGUUUGUCAAUUACCUAAACCACGGACCGUCGUUGUCUGAAGCCCUUUUCCUACAAGACACACGACAACGACGGGCGUUCGAAUUCUACCAGCUGCGAUCGUCUCUGGAACUGUGUGGUCCUUUUCAGGAAGAGACGGAAGUCUGGAACAGGCUGCUACUGCAGGCCGCCUACCAUGAACCCGCUAUCCGCCAUGCUGUCUGUGCUCUAGGAGGCUUUCACCAAGAAUAUGAAGAUGAGGCUUUGCAUGCUUCGGGGUUUUUGAAGACUGGCCUGGAGCAAUACUCGUCCGCGAUCAAAGCUCUCGUCGCAGCAAACGAGGACCUGAGAUGCAUGGAGGUGACCUUGAUAGCUUGCAUCGUGUUCACGUUCUGCGAGCUUCUACAGGGACAUCUCGGCUCAGCCAAGGCUCAUGUGCACAGUGGUUUGAGACUCCUCGACACGUAUGGAGCCGUCUCUAGAGAACUGGACCGAGCCGAAGUCACAAAUGCUAAUCAACAGCGACCAUACUUUCCGCUCUCCAUCCUGACCAUUCUGUUUAGACGCCUGGAACGCCAGCUGGCAGAAAUCGGGCAACAAACUGUGCAUACAGCUCGCCACUCUCUGGGUGGUCUGCAUCCCCAUCUACCAGUUCGGUUUCAGUCCAUAUCAGCUGCCACUGAAUCCCUCGAAAUCAUCGUGGAUCGGCUCACCGGAGUGACACUGGAAGCGACCACUAAACAACUGGACAAGUCUUCUAGUGAGAUGGCAGCGUUACGUGACACCUGGUACUUGCCACUUUCGCAACAACUCGAUCAUUGGAAAAAGGCCUUUGAUAGGAUUUCAUCUCCAGACUCGACACGCAGUCCAGCCCGAGCGAGUCACCACCGUGAAGCAGCUCUGAUUCUCCGACUCUGGUACCUUGUGAGCCGCCUCUUUCUACUGCUAGAUUCUCCGAACGAGGUCAUGGACUAUGAUGGAUGCAUGCCGAUAUUCCAGUCCAUGGUCGAUGUUGCUGAAGAAUUGCUGCAUGUUCAGAACACUGGCGCACGUGAAUCGACAGUAUCGACCACCAAGUCGCGGAAACGCAAAAAGACACCGGCUCCCAUCAUUGAGGCAUUUGUGGUCCUUAAGCCCAAAUGCGACCCAUGUGAACUGGAACGUGUUGAGCACGAAGACUUUGGCACAUUACGGCCGUCAUACUUCUCCCGUCUACCGAUCUUGAAGAAAGCGGUUUUCACAUGCACGGCCUUGUCCCCAGUACCUCCAGUUUUUUUGAUCGCCACUCGAUGUCGUGAGCCAAAGUUACGACGUCAGGCAUUACAAAUUCUGUCCAAGCUCAAUCGGCGUGAUGGUUUCUGGGACUCAAACCUGGCUGCCGUAUGUGCUGAAGCCAUCUUGUACUCGGAGGAGCUUCACACCACCGAUUUGCACGACCACAGAGGGAAACGCGGGAUUCUCAUUGAAACUGGAUCUGCGCAGAAAAUUCCCGUUACUGCUCGAAUAUACGGCAUCCAGCCACGAUUUGGUCAAGGGAGAUCAUUGACUUUGGAGUUUUUGAAAGCGUCACCGCAGGCCAAAAUUGAGCAGCAUUCGGAAAUGAGUCUCCAAUAUUAG